GGAGGAGUUGUCAUGGAUCGAGGUGAGUCCUCUAUUUCCGCAGGAUCUUGGCCUCUAUUUGUUGAUCUUGUCGAAAGGAGCAAGAUCCUCUGUUUCCACAGGAUCGAGGGAUUAAGCUGUUUGGUCGCCAAAGCUGUUUUUUGACAGCGAGGUAGGAUCACGUAGAAUCGAGUAAACCAUGGUCGAGCAAGUUCCUUCCGAGGCGGCAGCCCCGGAGGUGCAUCCUGCGCCAGAGAGCGCCUCUCAGGAGGUCCCUCCACCACCGAAACCUAGAACCGAAGAAGAAAAAAGGGCAGCUAGGAAAGCAGACGAAGCGAGAAUGGUAGCGGAGAUGAAUCGGAGAGGGUACUAUCAAUAAAAGGUCGAUGCUCUCUUGUGGCAUGUGACGUAUACUAUUGGAGGAAAAUCAAAAUCAAAAGUUUUUUACCUUCACCUCUCACUCCGUUCGCACUUCUAGCUCUUUUUCUGUUGUCACGAUAAAACUUUGCGUCUACAAGGCCCACGUGGUGCUAGAUUUGUAUAUAAUUGAUUAAAACGGCGGUAGCAUAUAGUCCUAUGGAAGAAGAAAAAAAGUCAACGCAGAUAGUUUUAGGGUUUGGCCGUUGUGACACGGUCUUCUUGCUCUCCCGGUAUGUAAAUUUUGUAAAUGGAUUGUUUAAGUAGUUGAAUGGGAGGCGGCAUGUAGUCCUAUGGAAAAAAAAAACAACGCAGAAUUUUUGCGAGUAAUGAAUGAAUGAAUAAAGGAACACAUUUCCUAUCGCCUAUCGAGCACUUCCGCACAAAGAAAAAACCAAAAAAAAGGUACGAAAUAGUCCCGCCCAACAGCGACGACGAUUGUGACCCGCAUGACAUGCAGGGUAUGAGCAAGUAUCCUUCGUGUCCUCCAGAUGUGUGCAAGGAGAAGGGCAAUCUAGCCUUCAAGGAAAAGAAGUACAAACGAGCAAUCAAGUACUAUCAAGGCGGGCUGAAGGGCAUCAUGGGUAUGCUAUGUAAGGGACCAGAGAUGCUACGAGACGAAAAGCUGUCAGAGUUGGACCUGGUGCUGAAUUUGAACACGGCACAAUGCCACAUCAGUCUGGGAGAGCCGGAACUUGGUAUUACCUACUGCGACAAGGCAUUGAGGAGAAGAGACGCUUUGAGUACGCCACAACUGGCGAAAGCGCUUUACAGGAAAGCCAUGUGCUACGGGGAACAGAAGACGAAGACUAGAGUUAUGCUUGCGGAAUUGGAGUUCUUGUUUCUUUGUUCUUAUCCAGAUUCAGUGUCGUAGUCAUGAAAGACUGAUCUGAUUCUCAAGUUGUAGCAUCAUCUAUUCCUAGUAAGGGAGAUAUCUUCACGCUUUAUCGAUUCCCUCUCUUCCCUUUCAUACCGCAAACCAUGGACAUUCUUGAGGACUGGAAGAUUUGUUUCAUUGUACCUACUCACUGUCGUAGCCAUGUAGAUAGUAUCCUCUGAUGUAAAUAGUGUCCAUUAAUGUACUUAGUCAUCUUCUGCAGGAGAAGUCAUCUUGACCUUGGCUUCCUAUAAAGGAUCCUAUCCUCUUUCAUACCCCAAACUAUGGACAUUCUUGAGGACCUCCUGCACAAUGUGGACCCAGACAACAAGGCUGCCCAGCAAUACUACAAUGUCAAGAAGAGGGAGUGGCUGGCGCAAAAGAAGAAAGACAAAAGCACCAUGAAGAAGCUCUUUGGUGCCUUCGAGAAGGAGUCAGGCUCCUUGAGGAUGGAGAAAUUAGCUGCACAGAGGAGAAAACUAGAGCUGUUCUUUGGAGGGGGUACAAGUACAAGUACAAGAAGUACAAAUACAAGUACAAGUACAACGGCAGGAACAACAGGAACAACAGGAAAGGAACAGUCCCCAGUGAGUCCUAGCGCUGGACCUACGACAGCAUCGAGUUCGUCAUCGUCACCGCUGUUAUGAAGGAAGGUUUGUGCUAGGUAAUCCAUCAAGAAUGAGCUAAACGGCCUCUCAAAUGAUUCCUCUACUUGAUACCUCUUCUUCCUCUAAGCUCAGGACAUUUAGACGAGAACUUUCUCUAUGUUUUUUCCGAUGACGCUGUUGAUCUUUUCGGAUUAAGGAAUAGAAGCCCGUCGAAGCCAGCUGCAGGUAUCGGAAAUGGAGGCGAGCGUGGAAGUGGAGAAGAGACUUGUCGAGAUGGAGAGUCCGGGUCUGUCGAAAACGAACGAGAAGCUGCUUCUGCUGCAGGGCCGAAGACUAAAUUUAAGGCAAAAGUCGACUUGUAAAGGCAAUUUUCUUUUUCGCCAUUUCUAGUUUCGUGUUCUUCUUUUUCGUACGUCUAAUGUGUGACUUCUACGCCUGUAAGAUUUCGUUGCUUGAAUUCCACUAGAUUUCUUUUUCUCAUCAAAGGGAGUAGAUGAGUACUACGAGAUGAUGCCAUGUUAUGCCCCUAACGCAGCUAAUGGCGCGGAUUGGAAGGAGGAGCUGUCAAAUAUGGCGAAAACGAUGUCUCCUUUAGAGCUCGCGCAAGUGUGCCAAUCGGUAAAAAGUCACGAUCGAAAAAUGUGGCCACACCAACUGCGAGAUACCUGUCUCUACUCUCUGAUGCAGCAUUGCCUCACUGUGGAGUCGGAGCCGUCUGCUGGACGUGAUAUGUUAUGGUGAGGAGUUGCAGCUAUCUAAUACGAAGUGCGGGAAGUGGUAGACAGAGGGGCCUUCGUGGUCAGCAUUUUUGCACGACGGGGCAGCGGGGCUAAGGUGUAGCUGCGUCGCACGUGCUCCGCGCACAUCGAAAGCGGAGAAUGCCCGCCGCCGUGUGGUCGCCGCUCCUCGCGCGCUGCCGUGGUCCCUACGGCGAACCUGACGGAGGCAAGCGCGCGAAAGCAGUCAGGGGCGCCCGAGGCAGGUGGGAGACCGUGCCCCAGCGGCGGGGGCGCGCCUCGGUUCGCCGCCGCUCACUUGGGAGGCGUUCGGAUGGCAGGCGUGGCAGUGCGGCUUUACGCAUGGGGACGUGGCUGAAGGAAAUGAGCGGUCAGGCGCUCUUUUCGACGGACUCGCGCAGGGUGUUCCAACGUCCCUGCAAUGCUUGACACGAUGCAGAAGCGCCCCCGCCAAGGGUACUUGGAUGCAAAUCGAAAAGCGACCGAGUUGGCGGGAAUGUGUUGCCCUCGGUUGGCUCUGCUUCUAGACGGCAGCGGCGCAGCUAUCGGCAAGCGCCCCGCUUAGGGGCUCGGGCUAGAUGCGAGGGGGCCCGAAGGGUGCCGCCUGUCGGCAUGCGCCACAGAUAUAGCGGGCGAAAUCGCCCAUGGAAUGACGGCGCCCCGUGGGGCUUUCUCCUGGGCGCGGCGAUCCUAAGACCAAAGAGGAGGCCCACCGUGGCGGCUGGGCUCAUGCGGGUGACGUGGUAAGAGGUGCCCCAACAGAAGAGGCGCGAAGCCUUGGAAUGUGCACAGGCGCACCGCCGAAGCCCACCGUUCAUUCUAGCUGUGUCGAAUUGAUGGGGCAGCAUGACAAGGAAGGCCCCGCCGGUGCACCAGGUAAAAAGGGGGCGGCCUCUCCUGCGGCUUGGUGUUCCCGCGCGCGGUCCGGCCCCGCCGCUUCGGCUGCUGAUUUGGGGCCACACUCUCGCCAGAGGGGACAAGCGGCGGAAAGUUAGAAGAGGACCGCGCCCACGACCCAGCCGCACAGAGGAACGCGCCCGCCUGGAGAUUACCAGGGCCAGACGCGUGCGGGUGCAACAGAGUAAACCCAGGAAACAGACCCGACGCGCCAGGGUUUCCCCUUCAAGGAAGCGGGCUGCGUCUUUCAGGCUACGGAUGAAGGCGGCCGCCCAGGUCGUGAGAUACUGACUCUCGGCGAGGCGGGGAGCGAGUCGCGUAUGGCGUAAAAUCUUGAAAAAUGGCGGGGGUGCUGCGCUGGGUCGCCUGCUGCCCGUGCGGGGCUGAAUGAAGGCGCUGACAGAUUGGCGGCGCCCGACGUUGCUUACUGUUUUAGAGAGGGCCCCCAAAUGGGGCGGGUAUGCUCGAGAGUUAGCAGGAGGCCGCGCGAGCCUGCCGCAGAAAGCACAAGGCUGGCCACAGAGGCGGAAGGAGUGGGGCGGCGUGGUGAGGAUUCUCGCAGAAAGGAGGCGCAGGAACAGCGGGGCCGGCAGCUGGCUCCUUCGCUUGGCUGUGUCUCUCUCGUGGCCGUUCAGUGUUUUCGGGGGUUCUUUGCCGUGUUGCUCUGUCUUGGGAGGGGGCGGCGCCGGCGAGACAGGCGGCGCCAGCCCAUCACUGCAUUUCUGGACUUUGUUUUGGCCCCAUCAGUCGAAGCUGGUAGCUGUCUGUCGGUUUUGGCGGGGCUUUUAUCUUCAUCUCACCGCCGGCUGUGUUCCUUGCGCGUUGUCUGCUGAUGUGUGCCGGUGUCGUGCCAGCCUUUCGGCGGCCUUGCCCUCUCGUUUUUUCACAGGCCAAAUAGGCCUCCUAGAUACAGUGUAGUGACGCCAGAAGUUGGACCAAGAGCAGACCUUCUGCGCGCUCUGCGCGAGUGACUACACACUUACUUACUUUUGCUCUAAUUUUCGGCCCGAACUCGAGCGUGACUCUCUGGUUUCUGGGCGCCUCUGGAUCUUUUGAGCUCCAGUUUUUGGACCCCGAGUCGUGGCUUGACGCGAUUCCCGCAGCAAAGAUCAGACUCGUUUGUGUAGGUUUUCUUGGGGAGAAGACUCCGGAGGAAGCGGAUAUUCCCGAUCGAAAUAAACCAGAAAGCGAUGGCGUCUGGAAGCGGGUAGAGCGGCCUACGACUAGUGGCGCUAGCAGGGAAUGCGUUAUCUUAUGAAGAAGGCCCGUCAUUUAAGUAUCUGAACCUUUCUCUUGCGAUAAGUGUUGCGUUGAUCUAAAUUGUGAUUGUGAUCGAAAAUUUAUCCUUCAGCCAUUCUUUCACCUAGGUUAUCCAUCCCAGUAAGGCACACUUCACCAUUGAUUUAGCCGUUAUUGCAUGUUUCUAAUCGUGGAGGCGUACCAUGGCAAGGCAGAGGAGGUGCUUUUUCAAGCUGGUGGAGGCUGCUUCUACGAGAAGGGCGCAGGAGAUGAGCCCCAUAUGGUUUUCCUGUUGCAGCCUUAUCUUAAGACUGGUCUUAUACUUGGUAGCAUCGUUUUGAGUACUUGAUUUGAAGUAGGUGACCUAGAUAGACCCAUCAAAUGUUUAGCUCGUACAGUUUUAACUUUUGAUAAAGCGCUCUUUCUCUCUCUCUAAUCACUUCCAUCGAUAUCUUACCUCUUGGUGGGAGCCAGUGCAGCGACUGAUUGAAGAAAAGCUUCCAUUCUGCAUCAUCGGAGGUUCAGAACCGGACUACAGUUUUACACAAGACGUGAAAAUCCUCGAAACUGCAGGAGCGCGUGUUGUGCUAGGGCCCGUGAAGAGUCCGUACCCCAUGCGAUUAGAUCAGGCAGCCAAGUGUCACCACAUCAUCGUAUCACAGGGAGGACCAGCAAGACGUGGGAUGACAUCCAUGAAUGCGAAGCUGGAAUUAUUGGCGGCGGAUGUUCAUUUGGUGGGGAAAUAGCAGUUUUUGGAUGCUUAGCUUCUGCUACUGUAUUAUAUGGACGGGCGAUAAAGACGUUGUCAAUAUCUACGCUCUUCAUGAGCCUAAGAUUUUUUCAAUGGUAAAACUACGCUUCGAAAGACCAUACCACGUACCAAUUAUGAAACUUUCUCUUGAUCUCCCACCAACCUUACUCUCGUAAACUAGCUGACAGCGCGUCACCUCUUUCCAUGUGGAUGGUAUGGCGUCUACAUGCAAUGAAAAAUUUACUACGUGGUCAAAGACGAGUC